AUGCCCACGAAGCCGCGGGAUGGCACGGUAGGACAGCCAGUUCCUUUCCAUCCCGACUUUGACCCCAACAUACUGAUUAUUAAUGCUAUCAGUCGUGGCAAUAGUCUGAAAUACGGUGUCACACUUCUGUUGGUGGCAGCCAUGGUGGCCUGUGUCCUGGCGGGAGGCUCUGGAGGCGGCUACGGAGGAGGCCGUGGAGGCUAUGGCGGAGGCUAUGGUGGGGGCUACGGAGGAGGCUCUGGAGGCGGUUAUGGUGGCGGCUACGGCGGCGGUCGCGGAGGCUAUGGAGGCGGAUAUGGCGGCGGUCGCGGAGGCUAUGGUGGUGGAUACGGAGGCGGUCGCGGAGGCGGUUAUGGUGGCGGUUAUGGCGGCGGUCGCGGAGGCUAUGGUGGUGGAUACGGAGGCGGUCGCGGAGGCGGUUAUGGUGGCGGUUAUGGCGGCGGUCGCGGAGGUGGCCGUGGAGGAGGCUAUGGUGGCGGCUACGGCGGUGGCUACGGAUACGGGAAAUAA